AUAGGUUAACACGAUAUUCCAUGCAGUUGUGCGGUUAACGCCGACGAGUGAGUCGUCUCUAUACCCACCGGUCGCCGGUUUUGCGAGGCGAAUUUAUUUUGAGAAAAUUUUUUUUCAUCGCGAAUGUGCGACGAUUCGAUUGCGGUUAUUUUUGAUUGGGUUUCGAUCCCCUCGAGUAUCGGAAACGGCCGAUUGAUUAGUCAUGUGCGAGUUCGACGAUAACUCCUACGAAUAUUGCGAAUUUUUUCCUCACGUAGGAACCGGCUAAAAGCCGAACUUGGAUAGCCGCAAAGGUCGAUCAACUUUCAGCUGUGUAUCUUGUGUUAUUAUCUGUACGUGAAUCGAGGUUCGUGGCAGUUCAUCUCAUUUCGUAUCAUUCCAUCAAUUUUUAACCAUAUUCUGAAGUCUAUUGACAUUAUUAAAAAAUUGAAGGAAAAAUGUCGGUUCUGGAUAAAAAUCGCAACAACCAUAUCAGGGUUCAUGGGUCCAAUAUGAAAUCAUGUACACCACUACAAAGCGUCCAAGACAUGGUACCUGCUCGUUUAGUCCUCUACAUGCUCUCGUUCACUGGGUUCUUGGUGAGUUUCAUGAUGCGAACAGACAUAAACAUCGCGAUGGUUGCGAUGGCCAAAGCUGACAUACCCAAAACCACUAACAGCAACCUCAGCCAAUUAUACUGCUACACUCCAGUGACAAUAACAAACACCAACGAUUCCGUCACACAGACUUCCUCAUCCACAAUGGAAGAAGGCGAAUUUGACUGGGACUCGACAACACAAUCCAUCAUACUUGGAUCAUUCUACUGGUGUUACGUAUUCUCACAAGUUAUCGGUGGCCUACUGACUCAGUACUUUGGUACCAAAGUUGUAUUUGGAUAUUCGCAAUUCGUCACCGCCAUUUGUUCAUUACUGAUACCCCAAGCUGCUGUAACACAUUACGUGCUUGUGAUAAUUCUACGUUCCAUCCAAGGAAUUGCUUCGGGUCUAACUUGGCCUGCCAUGUACGCUUUGGUUGGUAAAUGGAUACCAUCCAAAGAGAGGAGCAGAUUCAUGUCGUCAUUCCAAGGGUUCAGUUUCGGAAUCGGAUUGACGUACCCGUUAUGCGGAUUCCUCAUCGCUCGCUACGGCUGGAGGAGUGUUUUCUACACGACUGGAACCUUGGGCGUCAUGUGGUGCUUUAUUUGGUGGGUGCUGGCAUUCGACGCGCCUCAAAAACAUCCCCGAAUCACCAGGAAGGAGCUGGAUUACAUCGAGUGCGGUAUUGGAGAUUCCAUCAUUAUGAGAAAGGGUUUAAAAGUGCCUUGGAUGUCUAUAUUCACAUCGUUACCAGCCUGGUCUAUCGGAGUAACUACAUUCGGACGGAUUUGGGUACAUUAUACAUUCAUCAUUUCGGGACCUAAAUACAUGAAAAGUAUUUUGGGUUUUGAUAUUCAAACGAAUGGAUUGAUGAGUGGGACACCAUUCCUUUGCAGUUAUUUUGCCUCGGUUGUGUUUUGCUACGCAGCAGAUUUUCUCAUCAUUCGUAAGGUCAUGAAUUUGACCAACAUACGUAAAUUAUUCACCGCAUUAUCUCAAGUUGUUCCUGGAUUACUCGUCUUACUCAUCAUAUAUUUCGGUUGUGAUAAGGUAUUAAUUCUAAUUACAUGGUUUUCGGUAGUAACACUGAUAACAGCCUCGUAUGCUGGUGCUAUGGCAAAUAUUGUCGAUAUUGCUCCAAAUUUCGCAGGACCAGUACUAGCAUUUGCUCAAACAAUACACAUGUCAGCAAGUUUCCUUUCACCAAUAGUUAACGGAUUUUUGCUGCAAGAAAGCCCGAGUUUAGACCAAUGGAGCAAAGUAUUCCAGGUGACCAGUGCUGUAGCCAUAGUAACCUAUUUUUCAUUCCAAUUUUUCGGUACAGCCGAAGUACAAAAGUGGAACUACCCAGAUAAUAAAUUACCUUCGAGUUUACAACAAGAAGGCCUGUUACCGGACGAUAAAUCGCAACAGAAUGAUUCUUAAAAAGUGUGCCAGUGUCUAAGUUUUAAUUUUCUUACUCAAUUUUUAUCCUGUUGUGUACGUUUUUCUGGCCAUCUUGUUAAUUAGCAUUUUUUUUUUUUUGUGCACUCAUGACAAUAGAUGUGAGUUACUGAUUUCAAUUUGGUAUUAGUAUUUUAUUUUAUGACGGAUUUCAAUGAUGAUGAUGAGUUUUUUUUGUGUUUUUGUUUCCUUUUUUUUUUUGAAAUACGAUAUCAAAAUUGAUUAUUAGUCGAAUAAGUUUGUUAUUUAAAAAAAAAUAAUAAUUUUAAUUUGUACUUAUUUUAUGUGGUAAAAAACGUAACCGACAGUUGCAUUAUGCGUUGUAAUAGUGAUUUGAUUACCUAUCUAUUUAAUUUAUUUAAGAGUACCUACCUCUGUGCUGUAAGAUGAGAUUUUUUUUUCUUGUUUUCUCUACAAACGAAAUACCAAUUAACAUACGUAUGUUGUAUAUUUUGUAAGAAGAAUGUUUGGGUAAAAAUAAUAGUAUAUGUGAAAGCGUAGUCUGUGAUAACUAAAAUGAUCGUGUUAAGGCGAUGCUUACUAUAUACCUGUUUUCAUUCUGCUUAUACAGCAUUAUUUUGUUUUAAAAGAAUAUGUAUAAUAUUUAUAUACGAUUGUUGUUACUACUACUUAUGUGUCAAUGUAUUAUGGAAAAACUGUUUUUUUUUUUUUUUAAAGUUGACGAUGAAUGAAUUUUUAUAGCAUCUACUGGCCAUAAACUGCAGCAUCGCCUUGACCAUUAUAAAUUUUGAGAGAGGUAUAACCAAUAUAAAUACAUAAACGACUGAUAGUAAAAAAUUUUAAAUUCUACAUUCCGAUAUGCGCAUAGCUGUACCUAUUACCUAUGUUUUAAGAUGUGGGUUAUUUUUGCAACUAUCCCCCCACUUAAAUAAAAAGGAUACUUUUUCUCAUAUUGAGGGCCUUCGUUGGAAUAUAUUUUUUUUAUAAGCUGGUAGUUGUGGAUGUCAGUUAUUUUUUCUUCGUGAAUACAUAAUAUUAUUUUAUGCAGCGUUGGCUUAUAUUUUCAUAACGACUGACUAUACAAUAUAACGCAUCAUUUUUAUGGUUAUUACCUAUGUUUUUUUCAUAUUUUGUUUUUUUAUUUAUCUACUAUAUACUUACUGAGACAUAGUACAUGUUUACCUAAAUCUAUGUAUGUAAUACCGAUGUCUUACAUAAUUCAAAAUAGAACUCUGAUAGAUGUUGUCCGA